GUUCUUCACAUCUUUUCUUCAUCUCUUUCUCCCUCUCUUUACUUUCCAUCGAUUUCUUUCUUUUUCUCAAUCCACCGGUCAUGCUCGGUUGCAGAACGGCAGAGAUUGCAAUCUGAGAAGAAAACCCUAACUCUUAUAAGUUUAUUGUAUAUUCUUCAUCCUUCGUUUUCUUCUGCUGUCAUAGAGCACGAGAAUUGUUUCGGAACCCUAAUUUCUGGUGGACUCGCCACGAUCCGCGCCUCUAAUCAUCUUUUCUUUUCGAAUCAAGAAAUGGGCAUUCCCAUUCUUUGCGAAGGUGAAGGUUAUUUUUCUUUUGGAAAUUUUGGAGGUGCUGCAGCUGUUGGCGUGGCCGUGUGUACCGAUAUAGGUGGCGAUAUCUCGAAGAUAACGGAAUGCGUAAGAUCUCCGUUAAGGAGUGCUUGACGCUAGUCCAGUGGAACGAUUUCUUCAUUAUUGGUCUUUUUGAAUCUCGUUGAUGGGAGGGACACACCAAAAGGUGAGCCCCUUUGAUGGGCUGGGCAGCAAAGGGAUGGAUGAACUAAAUUGUGGCACCAGAAAUGAACCCAAGGAAGUAAGGGAUGGGUUAGCCAGAGAGGGACAUGGACUUGCUGAUGAAGAUGAGUCUAGGAUCAAUCAAGCUGCAAUGGAUUUAAAUGAAGCUCAUUUACUGGAAGCAGCUGUAAAAUUUCAUGUUAAUCCUGUGCUGGAGAAGCUGCAACACCAACCGUCGGCUCCUAUUGUUCGGUGGGAGAGGUUCCUUCCUUUAAGAACUCUCAAGGUCCUUCUGGUGGAGAAUGAUGAUUCCACCCGCCAAGUGCUAUGCGCCUUGCUACGGAACUGUUGCUAUGAUGUUACUGCUGUUGCAAAUGGUCUGGAAGCUUGGAGAGUCUUACAAGAUCAAACGAAUCAUAUUGAUCUAGUCUUGACUGAGGUAGUUAUGCCUGGUUGGUCUGGAAUUGGUCUAUUAUGCAAGAUCAUGAGCCAUAAAACUCACAAGACCAUUCCUGUAAUUAUGAUGUCAUCCAAUGAUUCCAUGGGUAUAGUGUUUAAAUGCUUGUCUAAGGGUGCUGUUGACUUUCUGGUUAAACCAAUUCGCAAGAAUGAGCUUAAGAACCUUUGGCAGCAUGUAUGGAGAAGAUGCCAUAGUUCUAGUGGAAGUGGAAGUGGAAGUGGAAGCGAAAGUGGCAUACAAGGCCAAAAAUAUACUAAAUUAAAGAGCCUAGAUGAUUCUGAUAAUAACACUGGUAGCAAUGAUGAGGAGGACAAUGGUAGUAUCGGCUUGAGUGCAAGGGAUGGCAGUGAUAAUGGAAGCGAUACUCAGAGUUCUUGGACAAAACGUGCCGUUGAAGCUGAUAACCCACAACCAAUGUCUCCAUCCGAACAUAUUGCAGGUCCAUGUGAUAGUACUUGUGCCCAAGUUAUUCAUCCUAAAUCUGAAGCAUUCUGCAGCAAGAAGGUACCAGUAAAUGCUAGCAUCGACUGGAAAGAACAGAAGAAAAUUACAGGCUUUGAAUUCUCAGCGGCUUAUAUCAUGGACACCGAUCUUAGGAAUGAAUCUUAUCAAACUGAUAGAAUUUCCACGAAACUAACUGGUCCAAGCACGGAGAAAUUGCAUGAGAAUAUGCCAAACAAUAUUGAUGUAGUUCUGUAUAUGAAUUACGGCACAAUUGAUGAACCACACGCUCAAGCUCCUGCUCAACUUGGCAGCAGCUCCAUCAAUACUAAUCAACAAUCGGUUUUGGGUCCUCCCGACACCUCUAAAGAUUUCUUAAAAAUAUCAGAAAACAAAGAUAAUGGAUAUGUUGAGUUGCCAUCUCUUGUGCCAUCUCUUGAGCUAAGCCUCAAGAGAGUCAGAUCGAGGAUUAUUCCAUCGAAUGAUGAAAGAAAUGUUUUAAAACACUCAAACCUGUCAGCAUUCUCAAGGUACCCUGCUUCAGUAGCCUCCGUUCAAACGCCUACAGCGUAUGGAGGAAACUCUGUAUUUGACAAUGGUUCUGAGGCAGCUCCUCUACAACAGGGUUCUAAUGGUAGUAGCAAUAACAAUAAUGAUAAGGGUUCUACUAGCAUAAAUGUAGUUAUGAAGCCACUGAAAUAUAAAGAGGUGUCCACAUCAGCCUUUCAUCGUGUUCAGUCUCAAAGUUCUUCCAUUCAACCAGUCACACAAGAGAAGAUUGAUGAAGUGGCCGUAGCACCAGUGAUUGGACAAUUAAGGGGAUCACAAAAGAAAGUACAAGUACAGCACCAUCAUCAUCACUAUCAUCACUACCACCAUCAUGUCCAUGCUUUGCAGCCCCAAUUGGAUCAGGAUGACUCGUCCGUUGAGAAUUUGAAAGGAAAUGUUGAGUACUGCAACUCAUCUAAUGUGUUCGCAACACCAGUUGAAGCUAAUGCUGCUAACUAUAGCUUAAAUGGAAGUAAUUCAGGAAGUAAUCACGGGAGUGAUGGGCAGAAGGGAUGUAGCACAGCUAUUAAUGCUGGAGGAACAAACAUUGAGAGCACGAUGGGCGUAGCUGAGAGAAAUGGAGUUGUUGGAAGUGGUAGUGGAGCUGAUCAAAAUCGUUUUGCUCAGAGAGAGGCUGCCUUGAGCAAAUUCAGGCAAAAAAGAAAAGAAAGGAACUUUGGCAAAAAGGUACGCUAUCAGAGCCGGAAGAGAUUGGCAGAACAACGGCCUCGUGUUCGUGGGCAAUUUGUUCGCCGGAUAAUCCACAAUGAAGACCAUGAAGAAGAAGACAGCUGACAAUUAGCGUUUGAUUGAUUACACCCUGAUGUACAUAGAGGCAUCAGAAAGUUGGGUUUGGGAGAACAAACUUGUUAUGAAUAGGGCCUCAGCCAGGUUCGUAGAGUCCCUAUUAAAGUGUCUCAUAAAUGUUUUGAAGACCUCUUGGUUGCUCCUGGAUGGUCACCCUUCAUAAGGGGACCAUCAACCAUUAUAGGUUAUUGUGGCAUUUCCAGUGUGGUUUGUGCUGGUUAACUAAUAUGCUUUAUUAAGGAAGGUAACCAGGUUUUACUAUAUAUAGAGUAUAUAUUAUUCAACCAAUUUAAUCAUGCUGAAAUUUGUCAUGUGCUGCUAGCAUGAUGGAAGGAUGCUCAAAGCUGUUGUCCUGUAACUGUACUAGAAAUUGUCUUGGUUAUCUUACCCAUCAAAUAUGGAAAUUUAUGUAAUAUGGCUUCAUAGAGUAGGAUCAAUAUCUUACCCUGUUUAUAUUAUUAUGAGCCAUUUUAAUUCA